GAAGUCACCGCAAUCAUGUCGUACUACGACAUAGAUGCCAUCCUAACGGAUGCAGAGAAAGUCCCAUGCCAAUUCGAAAUCGACGUUCCCUACCUCGGCCACCUCGACAACUCCCCCCACGGCCUAAAACCAAACACGCCCCUAAGCCUCCCCCUCUGGCUCGCAGAGAUGCUCGCCCUCGCAUCAACACCAACAUCCCGCGCCCCUCUUACGCUCAACCUUCCCCCGUGUCUAUCCGCCGUCGUGCUCGCCGCGCUGAGGGCCGAUCCGCGUGCUGUGCCACUGAGGGAUCAGAGCGCGCACUUUUACGGUGUGGGCGUUAGGAUGCUGGAUUUAUUCGAUGAGAGGGAUAUCGCAGAGGUUUUGAGAAAGACUUUUGUUGUUAGGGCGGGCGAGGUUGGACUUCAUGCUAGAAAGGCGGAUGAAGGCGUUGGGGGUAACGGAGGUGAAUUUCUGAGGGGACUGGAGGAGUGGGAGAGGGCUCUGUUUAGGAGAGGCCACGAUGGAGUCAAGGGGGCCAAGGAGUGGACCGAAAAGGUCAAGAAGACGUGA